AUGGCAAGUGGAGGAAUGGUCCCCUUCCAAGUUUCAAUGAUCACCAGGAGCAACUAUGACAAUUGGAGUAUCAAGAUGAAUGCGCUACUAGGAGCUCAAGAUGUUUGUGAGAUUGUUGAGAAAGGCAUCAGGAGCAAGAAUAUAUGCAUUCGAGAAGAUCUCAAAUGCAACUAUGACCAAAAAAGCGUGGGAGAAACUUCAAACUUGCAACAAAGGAGUGGAGCAAUUUCUGAUUAUUUUGCUAGAGUAUUGGCAAUUGUCAAUCAAUUAAGAAGAAAUGGUGAAGACAUUAGUAAAAUGAAAGUUAUAGAGAAAAUUCUUUGCACUGUAACUCCAACCUUUGAAUACAUUACUACAAAUAUUGAAGAAAAUAAAGAUUUAGAAACUAUGACUAUUGAGCAACUCAUGGGUUCUUUACAAGCCUAUGAGGAGAAACAAAAGAUGAAAAAGAAGCAAAAGGAGACGGUGGAGCAAUUACUACAACUCAACAUGAAGGAAGAAAAUUUUGGCAAUAAUAGAGAUCAAAGAGGAAGUGGAGGUGGACGUGGACAAGUAAGAGAAGGAAUGGGUGGCUUCAAGAACUUCAAUAAUGGAGAAAGAAAUCGAAAUCCACAAGCAACAAUAGGACGCAGAAGAGGCAACUCAUGGUCAAGGAAUGAUAAAUCCCACAUCAAAUGCUACAAUUGCAAUAAGUUCGGCCACUAUGCCUCUGAGUGUAGAUCAAGGAAGGUUGAAGAAAAUGUUAAUUUCGUCGAAGACAAAGAUGGAGAAGAAGGAACAUUGCUACUAUCUUGCAAAGACAAAGAUGAAGGCCAAGAAAAUAGAUGA